GCUGUGGCCGCCCGUGCCGCGCCGUACACCCGCGUCUCCGUGGCCCUUUGUGGGGACCGGGGCCCGGGCCUGCUCGGCCGCUCUCUGCGCGCCGUUCCGCUCGCCCUGACCCGGCCCAGGCGGGCACCAUGCGCCGGGAGAGCGACUGCGUGGAGGAGAAGGCUCCCACCAAGGGGAACGCGGGUGCGGAGUGCGCCAUGCGGGUCCGCAAGAGGAAAGCCGAUGUGGCCACGUUCUUACAGGAUCCGGAUGAAGAAAUUGCUCAAAUGGAGAUGACUUGCAAAAAGCAAUAUGAAAAUCAGCCAUCUUGGAAGAAUGUUCACCAAAAUGCCCAUAUGCUGAUUCCUACUCCAGAUAAAGAUGAUGAUCCAGUUGGCAUUGAUUACUCUCACUUUAUACAUCUGAGUGUCAUUCCAACUAGAGCUUCACCAUUACCAGUUCUACACUGGGCAAACAGAGAGGACGUAUGGAAAAACAUGAUAAACAAAGAAGAGACAUAUGCAAGGGAUAAACUUUAUAUGCAAAGGCAUCCCCUUCUGCAACCUAAAAUGAGAGCAAUUCUUCUAGACUGGCUGAUGGAGGUUUGUGAAGUCUACAAGCUUCAUAGAGAAACUUUUUAUUUAGCACAAGACUUCUUCGAUCGGUUUAUGGCAACGCAACAGAAUGUUGUAAAAACACUAUUGCAGCUUAUUGGUAUCUCUUCUUUAUUCAUAGCAGCAAAGCUUGAGGAAAUUUAUCCACCAAAGUUGCACCAGUUUGCCUAUGUUACAGAUGGAGCUUGUACAGAAGAUGAAAUCCUCAGUAUGGAAUUGAUCAUUAUGAAGGCUCUGAACUGGAACUUAAAUCCCCUGACAGUUGUAUCCUGGCUAAACAUUUACAUGCAAGUUGCAUAUUUAAAUGAGCUUUAUGAGGUACUGCUGCCACAAUAUCCACAGCAAAUAUUUGUACAAAUAGCAGAGCUCUUGGACCUCUGUGUGCUGGAUAUUGGCUGCUUGGAAUAUACAUAUGGAGUACUUGCAGCUUCUGCUUUAUAUCAUUUCUCCUCAUCUGAGCUGAUACAGAAAGUUUCAGGUUAUGAAUGGUGUGAGAUAGAGCAGUGUGUAAAAUGGAUGGUUCCAUUUGCAAUGGCUAUAAGGGAAGUAGGAAGCUCCAAACUCAAACACUUUAGAGGUGUAGCUCCUGAAGACUUGCACAAUAUACAGACGCACAUAAACAGCUUGGAUUUGCUGGACAAAGCUCAAGCAAAACAAGCCAUAUUGGCUGAGCAAAAUAGGACUUCACCUUUCCCUACUGGUGUCCUUACACCACCACAAAGUAGUAAGAAACAGUCUUCUGGAUUUAAGCCAAUAUGACUAUAGAAACAGUUGACACAAUUUUGCUGAAGUGCCUGUUCUGCUGGUUCCAACUCUUGCUCAAUUAUGGAAAUGCUGCCAGUGAAGUUCAUAAGCUUUUAUGGAAUCUGAAAAAGGAAACCUUACUUUUUUGUGAUGGAAGAAUUUUUCUAUUUGAAAUAUUUUUAUUGAACAUUAAAAUAUUUUGAAGAUAUUGAUCAAGUACACCAGCCACUUAAAAGAACACUGAAAAGUGCUCCAAAUGCUGCUAUGGAGGGUGAUGCUUGAUGUGACCAACUGUUCAGGAGAAGGGCUUGAAUAGUUACUGUACAUCCUUUGGAUAAUCUGCAGUUACACUGUCCCCUGUUGACAAAUGGACAAAAAGUACUGUGAGACAACAUCUCAAAGCCUGUUUUUCAAAUGGUUGGCUUACAACUUGAUGCCUUUAAAAAACUCUAUUGUAAAUGCUGCUAUGUCUCUUAUGUAUCCAUUUUUAAUAAAAAUGCUGUCUAAGACAGCUAUUU